AUGUCUUCAGCGUGGAAGCCUCCCCGUGGAUCAGAUGCAAUGCCUGAGACCGUGGUGAAAAUCAUCGGAAGCAAACACUUUCAGUACCUCAUGGAGAAGCCCAAGAUCAACGAGAAUGAGAACGUGAAGGCGGAAACUCAAAGGGUGUUCCAGAAAUCUGCGACUGGUAAUACAAGGCAGAUGAGUAGAGACUCCCCAGCUCCUAGUAAUCCCACUGAUGAUCAGACUGAUCACGACCCAGAUGAUGGGCAAGAGAGCAAGCACCCAGAGAACAAUCAGAAACCAGAGGACAACCAGAAGCUCCUACCAGGAGUACUCGGCAGCAGACUUCUGGAUGGUCAACACCCCUCGCAGGCAAAUGUUUACUGCAGCUCUGUACCGACUGGAGACCAGUCCCUGUCCUAUAUCCAUGGCCUCCCCAGGAGAAAACGUCGAGACUGGCCCUUGGAGCAGAUGGCAAGGGGAGGCUCUCACCAGCCUGAGGAUAUCGGCCAGAGGCCAAGUGGAAUGACAAAGGAAGACACUUUUCUUCUUGCCCUGGUCAGAAGAGAACUCAAGUCCCACCCUUUGAGGUCUGGCCUAUUAGACAAGCUGCAAAAAGAGCUGAAAAUCCUGGAUCCUGUCUCUUCUGGAUUCCUUCUUCAGCCUCAGCUGAGCCGCCUGCUCCUGAAGCAUGAAGUCCCUCUGCAGUUACCAACAGUCCAGAUCCUCUGCCAGAGGUUUUGCAGGAGUGGCUCUCUCGAACUGGUGAACUAUGAAAAGCUUCUCUGUUUUUUAAAAGUGGCAGCUUCAGAUGAUCCACAGCAAAGCAGAAGAGCUGUGGACAGCAGCCCGGAGGAAGCUCAGGGUGGGAACCAUCACAGCGAAAGUACUGCCCCUCGAGAUGCGCACGCGCAGUCAGAAGUGAACCGGAGCCUGGUGGAGAUCUUAAAGAUGGCACUGAGGGCAACCAACGGCAGGCUCAACCUGGAGAGGCUCAAUCUGAGUUUUCAAAAAGAAGACCGCGCGUUCUCAGGCUUCCUGCCCCCACCCAAGGUCAGGGCUGUAUGUGGGAAACACGGAUUAUAUUUGACUCUGAGUCUUCUGGAAACAUUGCUUAGCCACCAAGACUUGGCUCACCAGAAUGAAAUAAAAUGGCAGAAUUUUGUUGAGUUGUUGAGCAGAGCUUCCUCUGACUCGUCAUUUGAUUUGCCUACAGGGAAGAAAGGAAAGGAAACCUAUGCCGUUUCAGCGCAGGCUGGAGUUCCUGAGAGGUCUCAAGGCAAGACCGACCAUAUGAAAUCUCCAGAGGAGGAGCUGCAGCCAGAAAACCUUCCUGCUGAGACUUCAGCCCCCAAAGAUCCCCCGAGCUCUCUGAUGAUCCGGCCAGUCUCACAGCCUUUUGUGAGUCCAGCGAUGAAGCAUAAGUCUGAAGAAUGUGAGACAUGGAUCGACAGGUUCAGGAAGCUCGAAAAUGCCCUCUACCUGUGUGAUCUGAGUAAUACAGGAGUCCUGGAGAAGGAACGAGCCAGGCGCCUCAUUCACAACUACAACCUCAUUUACAACCUGUCCCUGAGCCCUCGGAAAAUAGACCAGGCCUUGAAGAGAUUUCGUUCGGGAGGAAAUACGCUCUUAGAACCAGCGCUCCAGUACUUAAAGGAGCUGUGA